AUGGGUACUGCCAGCGGUGCCGUGGCCCUGCUGCUGGUGGUGCUAGGAGCCAGCGUCUCCAGCUCCAGUGGGCAGCUGCAGGUGGGGUUCUACUCCAAGUCGUGCCCCAGCGCCGAGUCCACCGUCGCGUCCGUCGUCCGGGGAACCGCCGCCGCCGACUCCACCAUCCUCCCCGCCCUCCUCCGGCUCCAGUUCCACGACUGCUUCGUCAGGGGGUGCGACGCGUCGGUGCUGAUCAAGGGCGGGAACAACAACGCGGAGGUGGACAACAACAAGCACCAGGGGCUCCGCGGGAUGGACGUCAUCGAAAACGCCAAGGCGCAGCUCGAGUCCGAGUGCCCCGGCGUCGUCUCGUGCGCCGACAUCGUCGUCCUCGCCGCGCGCGACGCCGUCGCAUUCACCGGCGGGCCGUCGUUCGACGUGCCGACGGGGCGCCGCGACGGGAAGGUGUCCAACGUGCGGGACGGCGACGUGCUGCCGGACGUGCGCGACUCCGCCCAGGUGCUCCGCUCCAAGUUCCGCGCCAGCGGCCUCGACGACAAGGACCUCGUCCUCCUCAGCUCGGCGCACACGGUGGGCACAACGGCGUGCUUCUUCAUCCAGGACCGGCUCUACAAGUUCCCGCUCCCGGGCGGCGGGCUCGGGUCAGAUCCGUCGAUCCCGGACGGCUUCCUGUCGGAGCUCAAGUCCCGGUGCGCGCAACAUCCGCAACGGCUUCGCGGUGAUCGCCUCCGACGCCGCGCUCUACAACGACACCAGCACCGUCGACGUGGUGGACUCCUACUCGGGCCUCCUCAGCACCAUCUUCGGGCCCUACUUCCGGCAGGACUUCGCGGACUCCAUGGUGAAGAUGGGCAGCAUCGGCGUGCUCACCGGCGCCAGCGGGGAGGUCAGGAAGGUCUGCUCCAAGUUCAACUGAGAGAGACCCAUCCAUGGAUCCAGAUUCCAUUCAUUGCGCUGCCGGCCGGAGUACUGGUACUGGUUGGCUAG